CUCCAGUGGAGGAGAGGAUGGCGGCCAGGCACAUCUUCCGAUCAUGCGUCUUCUUCUUAGUCGUCAUAUUUGCCCGCUGUGAAGCCGCAGUGCCCUAUUAUGGCCGCUACAUCGGCCCACUGUCGAGGCUGCUGCACUCCGUCAGCGGCGAUGUCUACGCUGUCGACGCCAGGACGCUGCACAUCAGGGACUUCACCUACGAUGGCGAGGGUCCAGCUGCUUACUUUUAUGCUGGUAACUCCAAAGCAGUUGGUCCUGGAGGCUUCUUCGUGAGGGACGAAACGGGAUCUAAUGGAGUCCUUAAGAAAUAUAAUAAGAAGCACAUCACGAUUACACUUCCUGAAGGAAAGAACCUCAACAACAUCCGGUGGUUCUCAGUUUGGUGCGAAGAGUUCGCGGUGAACUUCGGAGACAUCCAGAUCCCGAGAGGGUUGGACUUCCCCAAGCCACAAAAGAUCAGCCCCCUGGCAGGAGUCCACGCGGUGUCCUCUGAGAACAUCGUCAUCGUUGAUGCCCAGACUCUUCUCAUACCUUCCUUCUCCUACGAUGGAGAAGCACCAGAUGCUAAGUUCUGGGUUGGUCGUGGGCAAAAACCGAGCCCUCAAGGAAUCAGAGUUCCAGACGAGAACGGAAAGCAAACCCCGCUGAGAAGGUACGACAGGAAGACAAUCGUCCUCACCCUACCUGGAGAUUUGACCAUCUUCGACAUCGGCCACUUUGGAGUAUGGUGCGAGGCCUUCACCGUCGACUUCGGCCACGUUCAGAUACCCGCGUCCUUGAACGUUCCUCCGUCUCUCAAGAUGCUGGGGGUGUCGCCACAGUCUAAACUCAACUGUGAAGUACUCAGCGAUGACUUGGCAUACGAAGUACGCUGGGCGAUUGCUGGUGAUAGCAUCGUGAUACAGCUAGUAGCUAAACUAGAGGAUGGAGAAUACAUGUCCUUUGGGCUGUCCGGAGAGGAAGACAGGAGCGCCAUGAUCGGGGGCGACGUAGUGGUUGCCUGGGUGGACCAGAGUACCCUCAACGGCUACGCCCACGACUACUACCUCGACGCCAAGUCCCAGUGCGCAGGAACCCAUGGAAGCUGUCCCGACUACAGUAUCGAGAGCAAUGCUGAAAGCGUGAGGCUGUUGAACGCCGCCUUAGUGAACGGCUACUCGAUAGUGACCUACCAGAGACCCCUUCGUGCACAUGAUGGAUUGGACAUGCAUAUCGUAACCAACAGGAGCCAACCGAUCAUUUGGGCUGUGGGGCCGCUCAAUUCCAAGAUGGAGGUUUCCUAUCACAGCAUCACCUCUAAAGGAAAUGUGUUCAUCGACUUCGGUCGGCCUCCCAAGUGGAACUGCCCGAUCCCUCAAUCUGACUCAACAUCCGACAGCUCGUCCUCCAGCGAAGAGGUGGCUAAUCAUGAGCCUGUGAACCAAUCACCAAAACAGAGGACUGAGGCAUCCGUUCCCGCUUACAAGGCACCUCCUCCACCAGCACCUGCCCCGACCAACGGGGCUUGGGACAUCCCGGCCAUCCAGUGCAACGAGCCUGAUGACGGAGUCUUCUAUGCACAGAUGGGACCUACUGGUGGGAAGAGAGGCUACCCUGCCAUUACAGGUCAUGUUGGAUGGGGAAUUGCGUACUACAUAAACGGACUGCUGAUUCCCGAAAUCCAUGUUGUCAGGGGCCAUACAUACAGCUUUGUCGUUGAAGGAGGAUUAAACCCAGAAGUUCCAGCCAAGUUCCAUCCAUUCUACAUAACAGAUGAUCCAGUGGGCGGUUACCAAUACAAAACACCCGAAGAAAGAAGGAAAGUGAACAUCUAUGCCGGAGCAGAACUGGACAAGAACGGAGAAGUGGUUCCAACUGGUAUUGGAAGGCUUUGCAACUGGACCCCAGACCCAGAACAGCCGACAGCCGACGAGUUCGCCUCCUUCGGGGCCUACCAGAGGACUCUUACUUUGGUCUGUGAUCACGGCGAUCCAGCUGUUGUUAGGUGGACACCAGAUGACCAAACCCCAGACACUGUAUACUACCAGUGCUUCACUCAUCGUCAUUUAGGUUGGAAGAUUCACGUCCACGACGAUUGCGUCCGAGGUAGUGCAUCCGAGCCUAUACCGAGUAUUUUACAUCCUGAAGAAGAAUUGCAGGCCAAGCCAAGUAUCCAAGUUACGACAAGAGUAAAACCAGAUUUUCCUCCUCAAUCAUUGACAUCCAAUAAUAAAAUAAAAUAUCCUAACAAAUCUCAGUUUCCUUACGAAUUUCAGAAACCUCCAAUGGAUAUGAAGAAUGGUAAUAACCAAAGUCAUAUCAUUCCUGUGACUGAGGAAGUCGAAGAUAUCCCCGAAACGACAACAACAAAGCAGAUGAGGUUAAACGUGACCUAUGAUCACCAUGAUCACCAUCCACCGAACGUUGCUUUAGUUAACACAGGCCACAAGCAUCCUCCUAACCACCAAGGAAAGGUUCCAAUGAGAGUGCCUUACGGAAACCUACGGCCACCACCAAAUCACAGGCCGAUGAUGAUAAUGAGGAGGCCGGUGACCGGGCCUCAGGUCAUCGUGAAGCCACCACCUCAGCAUGCGCCUCAUAUGAACUAUCCUAUGAUACAUCAUCAGCCCAGGCCUGUUAUCGUCAAGAAGCCAAUUCACAGAGUCCAACCACGACCACCGAUGAUGUCCAUCCGACCAGGCCCAUCUCCAAUUGUUGGACCCUCACCAGGCACUGCAGUUGGCCCAGCGCCAUCUCCCGGUAACCACCAUAAGCAGGUUUACAUUCACAAGUUUAAAAAGCCAAUUGGAGGUGGAAUGCCAAUGUCUGAAAAAAACAAAGCAAAACUACAUCCAUCUCAAAUGAUCGGACAGAGUGCUGAGGAAUUGAGUACUAAACUGCCAAUAGCCGUCAACACCGGUUUCAAUCCUGGCUCAUUAGUAAUCGAGAGUGGUUUCACACCAAUCAUAAAUAAUCCGCAGGUCGCUGAGGAGAGAGUCAGUGAGAUCGAAUACGAUGACGAUGACUAUAACAAUAAUGAAGGAGUAAUCAAUGUCGAUGGAUCAGACGAACAGAAAUCGCAGACUGAAAUGUUCGAACCUAUGUUUAUACCUUCUCCUUUAGACAGCAAUGCUAAACAUAACAAGAAAGCGACAACAGAGCCUGUGAAAAAGAUACGGAAGCCUAUUAGGCAAGUAAUAGUGAGAAAGCCAGUUUACGAUGACGCUUCGUUCCGGUCAGAGCCCGAUGAUGAAGAAGCGAUGGCCGAUGAAAAAAUGGAAACUUACUACAAUCCUGGAAGUCAACCCAUCUUGACAUAUGAUGGAAAACAAGUCGCUGGUAGUGUUGCUCCACCUGUACCACCUCCCCCGAAGACCAGUCCGAAAGGAUCCGAACAGCUGAAGCAUUCACCACAGUUCGGACCGUUUAAGGGUGAGAUUCCACCGCCAAUUCCCAAAAAAGUACCUGGAAACUUUCCUCAGUUGAAAGAAACUAGUAGACCUGUCGCUCUUCCACAGACAUCUGAGCUUCUUUUCGACAAAACUAAAAAAGAAGAAGUUGAAGUUGUAACAGCGCAAGCAAUUCAAGAAGAUCUGGAUACAGAUAGCCUGAAGAGGACCAAAAGGAGUUCCCACCACCAGCCCGAACACUCCGAGGCUGAUCCAACACAGGACCACUCCCAGGACGAUCAUUCAAUGCAUGACCAUAUGCAACAUGAUCCAACAACGCAUAAGCAAGACCAACCAGAUAAUCAAAAAACCAGUGCUGGUUCCGUACUGUCUGCGGCGCUUACGUUAACGAUGUCUUGUGUAUAUCUAGUUUUGUAAUAAGUUCCAAAUGUUACAUAUAUAACAUUAAUUUUAAUGGACCGUUUUAAGUCUUAAGGGACGAAUGUUGUAAAGCCAAGAAGGAGACCAUCCCUGCCAAAUGAAAAAUUUAAAGUUUAAUUUUUAAUAAACAGCUGUGACGAUUGUGUAAAUAUUACUUUUAAAAUUAAUUUAUUCAACACUGAUGUCUGAGUGUCUGAGGGUUAGAGAGGACUUGAUAGUAAAAUCAAAGUUUUUUUUUAACUUAUGUAAAUUAUCAAUAAAGUUUUAAUAUGUAAUUUGUUAAUAUACAUUUUAUUAUUUUCUAUUUUCUGA